CCCGAGAGGGGUAACUUCUCGUCCAUUUUGUCACCGAAUGUUCUCAGCUUGUACAACGACCGAAGCAGCAACGAAAUUUUGCCACUGUCAAAACUACUGGGCACCGAACCGUCCUCGGAACAAGCAGCUUGGCUGAGGUUGAUACUGGAGAUGAGUGGAACCACCGACAAGUUAAUGACGCUUGGAGAAGACCAGCUGACGUCCUUCAAAGACAACAGCACAAUGCAUUUGCUGUUGCAGCUGAAAGCCGUUGCCAAACCGCUGAGUGACGUAUUCACCAACGGUACAUCUUCAAAGGCUGUUCUUAAAAGAGUGUUUCGCAGGUUGGAUAGACUGUACGACAGCCGCCAAAGAAAGAAAUUGAAGGAACACGGCUACGCAUUUCUGAACAGGCGUCAAAUCGAGCUUCUUUACGGUCCAUCGAAUGUCUUGAAUAUUACUGAACGUCCAAAAUUUUAUAACACGUUUCUAUUGGCAAAUGAAGAAGAAAAAGAAAAAUUACUCAUGAAUGAAGCACGACUGAUUCUUGGAGACUCUUUGACGAGAAAACGACGGGCGGUUUUGACACCAGCAGUUUUAGCUCCUACAAUUUUGAAUCCUGCUGCAGCAUCCGUUCCGGAUAUACUGGGUCCAUUGGUACUAUCACCCUUUAUUUUAUCGCCAUCAAUCUUCGGGCCGCUUGUCUUAAGUCCUCUUGUACUGUCUCCAAUUAUUCUAUCUCCCCAUGUGCUUGGAGGUCUAUAUAUCACCCCUCUUGUUUUGUCUCCGGUUAUUCUGUCUCCGCUGGUUCUUUUUCCUCUGAUAAUUAGUCCUUUAACGGUGUGCCCAAUUAUCUUGUCGCCCUACGUACUUACACCACUCGUACUCAGUCCGUUGACAGUUUCACCUGCAAUCUUGAACCCACUGGUAUUGAGCCCUCUUAUUCUUACUCCAGUAUACAAAGGUGGCCUCAUCGUUUCUCCAAGAGUUUUAACUCCUGCUAUUAGAUCACCUUUGAAUCGAGUCAUUAUUGUCUCUUCACCAGCCGUAUUGUCGCGUCGAAGAAAAAAGAGAUGGGCCAGCAGAAACCUUCUCCACAUGUACUUGUUCAAUCUAAGAACCUAG